UCUCUUUUGUCAGCACCACAUACACAUUCCUUACCUACAAGUUCUCUUCCCCUUUUCAAUCCCUUGUGAUCUUUGAAAAUCCUAAGUUAUAAUGGGUGUCAUCACUUUAGAAAAUGAGUUUGCCAUUGCUGUCGCCCCAGCCAAGCUUUUCAAGGCAUAUUGUCUGGAUACAGAUACUCUACUGCCUAAAAUUCUGCCAGAACAUAUUAAGAGCUCUGAGAUAAUUGAAGGAAAUGGAGGGCCAGGAACCAUCAGGAAGAUCACUUUUACUGAAGGCAAAGAACUCAGUUAUGCCAAGCAGAUGAUUGAAGCCACUGACGAGGAGAACUUAACAUACAGCUUCAGCCUGAUUGAAGCCAAUGUCUGGAAGGAUGCAGUUGAAAAGGUGACUUACGAACACAAGUUUGUGCCAACUCCCGAGGGAGGAUGCAUCUGCAAGAGAACCAGCACAUAUUACAUCAAGGGUGAUGCUGAGAUCAACAAAGAUCAAAUCAAGGAUGUGUAUGGCAAAAAGACUGCAGGCUUGUUCAAGGCUGUCGAGGCAUAUUUCUUGGCAAAUCCAGAUGCCUAGAUAUAAAAAUUCCUUUGCUUGAUCAUCUCUUUGUGUGGCUGUUUCUCUUCCUUUUGUUCUUAGCCAAAAACUGGCUUUGGCGUGGCAAUAAAUUCGUGCACAUUUUUUGUUA